ACAUAUAAUUGAACGAUCGAUGGAAGAGCUAGCUAGAGAGGAAAACAAAAAAAUAAAACCUCAAAGCUAGUCAACCCCACAAGUAAGAAAUACUACUAAGUAAAUAUAUAUUUGAAAGGGACAUAUUGGUUUCUUCUACCUCUUCUGAGAAAAGCAAAUAGAGACCUGAAAGCUUCAACUAAGUUUCGUUUUGGUGCUCACACAAGGAAAGAAGACAGACAAAGCUAGCUACUCAUAUGUAAAGCUAGCUAAAAAGAAAGAAAGAAAGAAAGAUAGGAUUUUUUUUCCCCUUAAAUAUUAAGAUGUGUUUCUAGCUACAAUAAUCAGUAGUAGGUAACUGAUGGCUGGAAAUCCUACAAAUAACUGGUGGAGCAUGAUGAUGAACGGAAGCAUGCAUCCCAAUCAUGAAUCUCAGCACUUUUCUUCUUCUUCUUCUUCUUCUUCGUCGUCGUCUCAGCUUUUUUAUGGAUCUUCUAAUUUUUUGGCUGAUAUUAAUAUUCCAAGCCAAGAUUUCCCUCGCUCAUGGAGCCAGCUACUUCUGUCUGGAUUAUCGGGUGAACAAGAAAAGUCUGGUAUGAGUCAUUUUCAUCAGUACAAGAAGCUGCAGGAGAAGUGGGAAGAAGUCCAAAGUUUGAAUCCCAUCAAUCCAUCAUCUUCUAGUUUUAGGGUUCCUGUUGUUGAUGUAAAACCACAAGUAGUGGGCCAAGUAUUGUACAGUAAUUACCAAGAUUUGCCAGCAGCUUCAUCACCAGCUAACUCUUGUGUUACCACAAAUUUAAGCCAUGAUAUUUUGAAUUUUUCUGGUAAUAAAAUUACCAGUAAGGUGGAAGUCAAGCAUCAACAUCCAGACCAUUCAUCCGAGUGUAACAGCACACGCAGUGGAGGGGUAACAAAGAAGGCUAGAAUUCAGCAUUCCUCAGCUCAACCAUCUCUCAAGCUGCAGGUAAGAAAAGAGAAGCUAGGGGAUAGGAUAACAGCACUCCACCAACUUGUUUCUCCAUUUGGAAAGACUGACACAGCCUCCGUCUUGUCAGAAGCUAUUGGCUACAUCAGAUUCCUUCAGGGUCAAAUUCAGGCAUUGAGCUCUCCAUACAUGGGCAAUGUAGCAGGAAGCAUGGGUCACACUCACCAACAAUCUGAUUCUCAGCAUAGAGCCAAGGAUUUGAGGAGUAGAGGGCUGUGCUUGGCUCCUAUAUCUUGCACACAACAUGUUGGAAAUGACAUUGUUGCCGAUUACUGGGCUCCAGCACUAGGUGGAGGAUAUUUAUAAGAUCAAAUUAUGUUGAUCGGACUCUCUAAAAUACUGUCGCACUCCGGAUAUUUCAAUACGUAUUACUUUUGAAGGAUCCGUAAGAUAUCUAGCGACAAUUUAAAGAGACUUGCGCAACAUAGAUCACAAGUCAAAUUAAAGUUAAUGAUGAUGAAGUGAUGAUAUGAUGAAAUAUAUGAUAUAACAUCAGAAGCAGUCACUCUCAAUAUAUGCUGCUGAAGUCAGGGCUGACUGUUGCUGAUGCUAUAUAUUUGCCUUUCUAGCUAAGUAUUUAGGAACAAUGAUAAAGUGGUAUUUUAUGGUCAAUGCCAAUAUGAUCAUUUUAUUUCAUGAAUAAUUAUAAACAGUACUAUAAGCUAGCUUGCAAGUGUUGUAUAUGUACUUUGAAUUCAAUUGCUAGAUUCAAGAAUAUUGA